UAAACACGGUGCCUCCUGCACGCCUCAGGUUCAGUGUUUACGUCCACGCGCUUCAUCGGUUUCUCCACAGCCGUCCCCCUGAAGGACAGGACAACGGGACCCGCCGACUGAGACUCUUUCAGGAAGGAAACUCGUCUCAAAAGACCCCGAGGAAUCCCUCCGUGGUUCGGUCGUCUACUUUAGUCCCCCCCCCCCCCCCUCCACGCUCCCUUCUGAGAUGUACAACACCAGCUACUCCCGGGCCAAGUUCGGCCUGGAGGCCCGGGACAUCCACAAGCCCAAAGGCAAGAGCUGCGGCUACUACAUGAGAAUCGUCUUCCUCUUCUCCUCCCUGAUCCAGUCGCUCAUCAUCGUCAGCCUGGUGCUCUUCCUGGUUUACGGGCAGCCGGAGAAGUCGGCUGAGGAGAAGCAAGUGAAGGAGUUGGAGCUGAGCUUCAACAGGCUGAGCGAGAACAACAUCCAGCUGAGGAAGGAGAAGGGCGAGCUGAGCGGCGCUCUGGGCGCCCGCACGGGCGAGAAGGCUGCCCUGGAGAAGGAAGUGCUCCGGUUGAAAACGGCGGCCAACGCUACGGUAGUCAGCACCAAGAGCUUGCAACUCAGACUGGCCCAGUGUGAAACAGAUAAAAGGCUAGCGAUGACCCGAUCAGCCCCUACGCAGUGUGCCACCCCUCCUGUCCAGCGACCUCCGGUCUCAACUCACACCGCGGAGAAAGCACAGCACGCCAUGAUGCUCAACCUGAUGAAGGCCAACUUCACCCAGACUGUCCUGCUCCUCACUACCCAGAGAGACAGCGCCAUCAAGGAAGGCAACACCUACCACCUGGAGAACGUUGCCUUGAAGAAGGAGAACGCCGACCUGAAUGCGAAGCUCACCACCUACACCAAGAAGUGCAAAGAGGACUUCUCCAAGUCGCUGGAAGGCAUCCAGACAGUGACCAGUGGCUUCCUGUCCAGGAUCAACACCUUGUUCCCCCACUCCAUGACCUUCCACCUGACCUGUGAGAAGCAGCAGGAGCAGGUGGAGAAGAUCCGCAGUAGCUGUACCAACCUCUCCAAGGAGGUGGAGGACAAAUUCCAGCGGUACCUGAACAACGUGGGGGACAAGGUGGCUGAUAUACAACUCCAGUCCAGUGGUCUGGAGGUCCAAAACAGCAAUCUGAAGCUGCAGCUGGCACAGUGUCAGAGUAACAACAGCCACGCUACAGACGAGAGCCGGAGACGUCUGCAGGACAACCAGCAGGCACACGACAAGCAGAUGGAGGCUCUGCUGCUGGAGCAGAAUCGUCUGAGGGCCAACUGUAAGAAAAGCAGGUAGACUCGUGUGGGAGAAUGGCAGUUGGUGACACUGGUAUCCGCAAGCCCUCAAAUGGGGCUACACGUUAUGAAACAACUCUGGUCAAAUCUAUAUCAUUAAAGACCUAACACUAAUGUUAGGUCACAAAGACUGGGCGCUAACUGGACAGUAUAUCACAGAGAGAGGGGAAAAAGAAACGUGAUGAACAUCCUAACCAG